AUGAUCACCAUUACUGACUCAAAGCGAACCAAGCAAAGCGAUGCUGACCUCCUACCGCCUGAAUCAGCAAGCCCAAUGGAUGUGGUCGAUCUAGGCUCCAUGCGAGCUCAGUACACCAAAAAAACGGAAAGACCGCCUUUUGCUGCCCUCGCAGAGGUAUUCUUACCUCAGGAAAUUAUAAGCAGCAUUGAGAAUCACCAAAAGGGUCUAGAGAAAACACCCUUGUCACAGAAUUGUCUGCAGUUUGUUGGUAGCAGAACGACUUCCUCUUCUCCAAGUAAUCGAACCAAUGAUGCUCAAAACUGUGUAUAUUGUCUGGCUAAAGUUGCACACCCUCGGCUGGGUAGGGGCGAAUCCUAUGCCUGCGGUUACAAGCCCUAUCGAUGUGAGAUCUGUAAUUACUCCACCGUUACAAAGGGCAACCUCGCUAUCCACGAACAGUCGGACAAGCACUUAAAUAAUGUGCAGGUAAGACGGCAUGGUCAAAAGUAGACUUCAGCUGUGGUUUGAUUGGGGCGAGUCCAAUGGUAUGCACAAUUUGGUUAGGACUGUUUUACAGGAGCAGACAAAGUAAAAUAAGCAACCUCAACUUUAGAAUAAUGCCUAGAUCCGAAAUUAUUGACGUUUUUUUUAUUGCCAUAGUUUAUUUAUUGAGAAACUCACUGUUUAAAUAAAUGUGAUUUAAUUUCUUCAUCAAACUACGAGCGACGGUCAUCUUAUGCUGCUAAAAUUUAGUAGGUGACCUUACAAGUAUUGUCGACUAAUGAGUCCCCUUCCCUAUGCAGCCAGUUUUCUUAGAAAGUAUGGCAUUUAAUGCGGUAUCAUCGGAAGCCAUUUUUGUUAAAUAAAGAGCCGUGACCGCGAUAUGAUUCUAUAUUUUGUAAAGGGAGUGAAGCAGGAAGCCCCUUCGGUAUUAUUGCGGGCACCUACAAUGCUGCUUUGGGAUUCGUCUAAAACCCCACACAAUCUACCUCAAUUUAUAGCAGUAUAUUUCCCACUUCUGUGCCGAAUUACGCCCUUAUCUCGGCUGAUUGUGCAACAGAGCACAAAUGUCACGCUUGUCGUGGAUUCCAAGCCGAAGUCCAAGAACUUCGUUAUAUUGUACGAAGUGGUCAGCGGGUAUUCAUGAUCGUAUUGGCGUCGACUUCCAAAUCCUGCGAGUAUACCCAAUUUGAAUUAACACAGCGUGGACCCAUGGCUGGUCUGUCAUAAGUGGAAACUUCGUUCUUCACAAGAUAACAAACGUCAACUCAACAUACAGACAUUCCCGGCGCCUGAUUGCGACUUGCCUGAUGAACAGCAGCGAAAAAAAUCGAAAAUAGGCAGUCUGUAAUUAUUCUCCUUGGUUCUAUGCAAUCCCAGAUUACCGUGUUCUCUCUUCACGUCACCCUGUGUACAGUUCCAUAAACAGAUUUUUCUCUCCACCACCGUUGGAACUAAUCACUUUUUUCCUUUAAAACUUAGGAUUAUGAUCAUCAGCAGAGUUUGCAAUACCUAAGGUCUCUCGAAGAAACUUCGACAGGGGUUAUGACUGAGUUCAAGAACAACAAGACUAUUAAUGACGGUGCUACCCUUGAAAAGGAAUCAAAGAAUUCUUAUUCAACGAGCCGAAAGACUCCGCCAAAUAUAGAUGUUCAGGGAUUCAGCAGCUCGGAAGGAGAUCUCUAUGGCUCUUUCAAUGUUCGACAUAGAUUGUUCCAACCAGUUCUUCAUUGUCUCAAACAAAAUGGUCUUAAAACCAAUGGAAGACCCGUACAACACUCAUCUCAACUUUGCGCUGGUGCAAUGCACACGAAAAACGCCUCGGUUCAUGUUGGGAACUUCUUCGAUCUCCACGGAGACUAUGAUCUCACACAAACUCAGAAUCUUGCUGAAACGAUGAGCCAACCUCUCGUAUGUCUCAUCUGCUCUGUCUUUUGCACGGACAGCCCCGAGGUGCUGAUAGAGCAUGCCGAACGCAGUCGCAUCCCGCUUGACCUAGAGGCUGCCAAUCGGCAAGUCACGACUCACUCAGAGGGUAUGUGGCACUGCAGGGUAUGCGCCUAUCGCAGUGCCCUGAAGGCCAACUUCCAGCUGCAUUGCAAAACCGAGAAACACGCUCAGCGCCUCAAUCUCUUAGUGCACAUAUGGGAAGGUGUACCGCCGAACACGCAAGACCUGACUGGUGUGUUAUGCAUCCAAGAGGCUAGGGCAGCUGACAUUUCUUCCGCCUUCACUAAGUGCCUUCAGAUUAUAUCCACCAGUGGUUCCACAUCUUCAUCUUCUAUCUCUUCCUCUUCUUCCACAAUCACAACUCCUUCUUCCUCGUCCACCUCUGCGUCUUCGGUUCCCUGCCAGGCCUCAGCUUUUGUUCAACUUCGAUGUCUUGCUUGCGGUUUCUUCUCUGGUUCAGUGCACAAGUUCCGCGUUCAUUGUCAGAUGCUGAGCCAUGUGCGCUUCACGCGGCUUUUCAGCCUCAUUACACACAAAAGGAACGAACUGAGAGCCUCCCUUGACUCCUUUAUACAGACCUAUGCGGACCACAUGAAGACGGUUCCGACCUUACCAGUUGUCUGUACCGCGAGGAAUGCAUCAGAACCGAAAGCAGUCACGACUGUAAAUUCUGCCGUCAUGCAGAAUCUCUUUAAAAUGAUGGCUAACUUCAAGGUCGUCUACGCCUGCCGGCCCUGUCUUCAAGAAGCACCAGCUGAAGCAAACAAAAACUAUCAUUGGUUCAGCGUAACCGAGGCUCUGAGACACUGCCAGUCAGAAGAGCAUCAGGUCAGCUAGUAAAUUUUCUUAUGGACGCGCACUUACAUCUAUGAAUAAUAACCUAACAUUAUUCGAUCGUCAGGCGCUGAGAAGCAGCUAACAACGUUGGUAAAUGUGGGCAGGCAUGCAGUUCCAGACAUGUCUAUUGAGGGAAAUUUAGUUAAAUCAGUACACACUUUUGUUUUUCUUAGAUUCUUGAACAGAUGAUACCGAUAAGGCAAUGAUUACGUGUUAGUCUGACUAAACCACAACAACAGUCGUCUGACGACAGAGUGUGCUUAAAUUACCCCGAUCGAAUUCCAUCGAUCCAUAACAGUGCAGGUAGGUAGUUAUAAUAUAGUAUGCAUUAAUAACCUAAAUCGCGACUUGCUAAACUGCCUCUCAGGCACACGUUCAUAUGGCGAAUGACCCAAACGGGAAGAAAAAAGCACAAUCCACUUAUACCUGAGCGGUGUGAACUAUUUGCGUCACCUUAUGACGGACGACUGUCACUAAUAUUCAGUGUGUCGGGAGAAACAGGUGGCUGUCAGUGAAUUAGUCAUGACCGAUGCACUCGAAUAUGCAGUUCGCAAGCAAGCAACGGUGGAUGAUUGUACCUCAUUCGACACAGUUGUUUCCAAAAUAGACCCUUCACGUGCGAAAUAAUGGUUCGAUGCGCGAGUAUGAAGCACUUGGGAUUUUGCGUAAGGCCAUCUGUAAUACAGGAGAUCAAAAUUUCCCGGAUCCUAAUGAAAUAGUUCCCGCCCAGGCUUGAAUUUUCAGUGGUAGGCGUUUUACUGUUCGGAAGUUCUGGAUUAGAAAUCGCACUUACUUCUUCAAAAAUGACGCUUCCGAUAACGAUCAUUUGCACAUUUUCCCUGCUUGACAUUUAAAUGUGUGUCAUAUCUCCGACGCAAACAGACAGCUCUGGACUCUCAACCUGUAUUAAUUUCUAACUUGCUCCGUUGAAACUAAGGCAACUUCUGCAGUGCGAAACCAAAUUAAGGAAAGCCCUAGGGCAACGGAGGCACACUUAAACUUUGGAGAUUAUAGAAUUUUGAGGUGACUCAGAUCUUCCAGGGAACUUCUCACAACAUAGAUAUCUUUCACGGAAUGUACUGUGGCGUGCAUUUCGAUUGUGCGCUUGGGAAACUUAUUCCUUUCGGAAUUCGAAUUCCCGCAAGACUCGCACAUCCUUUGAGGGCUAGAUCGCAGUUGUUAGCCAGGAAUGGGGAAGCGGACGGCGACCGUACCUUUAAUCCUAACCUUAACCCUGAUCCUAACCCUAACCUCAACCUUUAACGUUAACCGUUAACCUUAAGGGCAACACUAACCCUAACCCUAACCGAAAUCGUAAACGGAACCGCAGCCCUUAGACAUAGUCUUAACUGAAAACCUGACCGUAAUACUGAAAAUUAAUCGUACGCUCAAACCUUAAUCGUAACUCGAAAACCUAAGCCUAAAGGCAUAACCCUAACCCGAAAAUCGGAAACCACUAAUCGGUACCCUAAUCCUAACCUCAACCAUAAAACGGAAGCCAAAUGGGUCAGAUGUGAUUAUGAAACCCCACAAAAUGGCCCCAGUAAACAAACUCCCCAGCCCCCUGUAAUACGGGGCCUGGCUACCAAUUGCUAUCUAGCCCUUUUGAGUAUUGCAGAUUUUUCCCAUAAAGAAACUGUCAAGCUUGUCUGAAUGGACUUCCCUUCUUGAUACUGGGAAUUGCCCUAAUGAACUCCGUCCCGCCUUCUUAGUGUCAUUUGCAGACCUUCGAGGGAAGCCUAACCUCCCCGCUCUACGUGGAGGAGGUCGAAAUCCUGUGGGAGCUGGCUGGAAAGAGAGGAACUGCCGACCAACUGCCCGCCGUUAUCGCGCGUUUUCUGAUGGAGUCAACGGACACAACAGAGAACACGGACGCAUCUUCAAACGACCCUCAGGUCAGCGUAACAAACGAAAGGAAUACGAAGCUGGAUCCGCCAACAGGAGCAGACUCCGCAUUCGUUGUGUCCGGCGGUGUUGACUCUGUUUCCGGUGGUAAGCCGACUAUUGUCUUUCCAACAACCCACUCAUGCAGGAUGCAUUUCGAAAAUCGGAAGUAACACGCUUUAUCAGAACGCACAUGGAGCGUAAACUUUUAAGUUUUUUGCACGCUUACAUUGAAUAAGUUUUGCUUGAAGAAACACAGUAUGGAUGCAUGGACGAGAUCAAAAUACAGAAAAGAUCCGGAUGCAUUGACGGCUGUUGAUCAGUUGCGUCAGAAGUUUUCGAACCCUCUUACUUCUUUCCUGUUCAACUGGUCUUAAACUUCAUUUCUCGAGCAAAAUUUGCACCGCUGAUAGCCGAAUUGAUAUCAAAGAAUCUCCGGUCGCCCAAAUAUGAUAAGUGUCUACGACUGAAAAAUCUUCCGGUCAUGUGCUCAAUAAAAUCUCGAUAAGUUUUGGGCUUAUGGUUAUAGGCAGUAAUUAAUGCUAAACAAUAUGUAAGCAAAAAAUACUUUAUGAGGUGAGUUUCGCUAGGACUUUCAGCCAAGUUAUGCAAAACAUUACCACAUACACACUGGUAUCGUUAAGCAAGAUAUACAAAGUAGGCGAUAUGCCUUUAAAAUCCUAGGAAACACAAGAAAUAUAAUCAUGAGUUCUGGGGUCUAAACUUGCACCAAUUUCAUGGUUCGGGAGACGUACUUAAAGAGUUGCAGUCUGGUAUUAGACCCAAAACAUUUUAAACGUAUGUGUUCUCUGGUGGCCUCUGUCAAGAAUGACAGCUAAUAUAGAUGUCUGGAUAAACAAAUCACGUUCACGAUAGUAAACCUACCCCGGUCAUACACUUCAUCCUUACCAAAAUACCUUCUUCAGCCGCGUAUGGGAUCUAGACAAGCCAUUUAAUGCUGCUUACACUUGGGAAUUUCAAACUGUCUUUUUAUAUAAAGGCAAGGAUGGGUCAUCUGACCGCGUACAACUUUGCAGUGACCCCAGUGUAUCGUGGAAUGAUAAUCUGCUAGAAUCAACCUGAAUGUUUCUGUUAAUGUUUUUUGGCUGACGACUAAUUUCACGGUGGUCCAUGUAUGUGCAAUGUAUUAAGUGAGUCCAGAGGCAAAAAGGACAGCAGAUGCUACCUUGACUACAUGUUGUUAUCCAUGGGGAGACUAAUUGUUGUUCGCGAAUUUAAAAAAAGCCACAAGAACGAUGUAGAAAUCUGGUGUAGACGUGGAAACAGGGGUAUUGGCGAAGUCAGGUCGGCCUGUAUGCAGACUGCUUACCGAAAGGCAUUCCAGGAAGUUAUCGGCUACUGAACCCAUUUAAGGACAAAACGAACCUCCGGACGACACAUUCACACAAUUCACUUUUACUUUAAAAAGAUUAGCACUUCAUCGUAAUUUUAUUUAAUUGCGGCAGAAGUCGACCAGGCAUUUUGUCGAGGUUGUUCGGGCGAUAAAAACUCUCGUGAUAAUUAUGUGGCCACUCAAGACUCCUCCUUUGUUGAUCUGCUUUUUUCGCCAGCGGAGUUAAUAAAAUCAUGCCCACCGAAUGACAAAAGUGCCGCCGGACGAAUUCAUUCUUUUCCAAGAUAAAACAAUUAUCGUAAUGGUAAUGAAGAAGCUUGGUUUCCUUCUGAGCUGUUCAUCCAGAUGGGGUGGGAAACGACAGCGUAAAUGAGUGGGCUCUAGAGACUACCCGAGAAAAUUGUUUCUGCAAGAAAUAGAGUUUUAGCAUCCGCAGAAGAGAAGAAAAAUGCUAAAUGAAGUCCACAAUUAGACAUAGUAUGCUUACGCUGUGUUAUAAGCGACUGUAUAUUAAAUGCCCAUUUAGUAAAACCAUUCUGCUGUUGCCAGAUUUCCAGGCAAAAAGUGAGUAGCAAACCUCUGUCUACUGUGGAAUCCUUUAAACUACUUGAGAUGUGCCACGAAACAACCGCGGCGACCCUUUUCUCGGCUAGGCCCAGACGUGCACUAUUGUCAAUGGUUGAUAAACCCUUAGGCUGAGAAUGCAUAGAGUUCGCAUGAUAAUUUGGAUUCAGUGUCAUUUUAAACUUCCGCCUUUUUCACCUUUACCUGUCUUUGGACAAACGAGCCACAUGUCCCAUCUUCAGGAGACUAUCCUAGUUCAUAAAUAGGCUAAGUCAAUCACCCGCUUUUUGAGAAGCAAUCACGUUCAAGCGUGGGACUUUCAGUUCUUCGAUACACGCACGUAAACCGGAUGGUAUAGGUUUAACUUCGGUCAGUGAGAACCCUGUCCUACACGGGUAACGAAAAUGUGCAUCUUCUCUACCGCAUAAAGCCUUGUGAGGCCAGGAAUGUCCACGACUUUAGGCUUCCAGGCUGCUUAUAUGACAGUGAGCAAAGUUUUAUGAGGCCACUCAAUACGAUAGCUCGACCUUCGCAAGAGACUAGGUACACCACUGCUACACGAGGUGGGCGCAGCCGUAACAUGCGCGGGGAUGUGUUUACAGUUACAAUUCAGUCCUCCUCCACCUAGCGCGUUCCGAUGUCAAGAGGCGGGCCAAGAAGGCCUGAGGUGGACGAAGGUGUAGUGACUACCACAACUAGACUGUUCAUAUGAGAGUUCGAUCGUCGUGACCAACGAUGUCCAACAUGUGCUCCGCAGCAGGAUGAGAUCAGGCGCGGGAAUUUGUGCGUCAUUUCUUUUACAGUGAUAGAGGUGUUGCUCAGCAUUUUCCGCACUCUCUCCUCCUCCACCAACUGGACCCGAUGUCAAGACAUAGUCAGGAAGACCAGAGGCGAGAGAAGGCAGAGGUGACUGGCACGGCCGGCGUACCACCACAACAAACACUUGACCGGGAUUUUAAACAACUACAACAAUGGGGGGAAGGGGCGGGCGGACGGGCGGUUGGCACGACGUGAGUCGGCAACUAGGCCUGACACUACAUCCCAAAUGCUGGCAUUUGUUAUGGGUGUGCAGUCCUGAUACCGUCUGCCAGAAUCCGAUUUAGCCCCCGUACUGGUCCAGCGCAUCAACUGCGCUGUUCGUUUUAGGGACAAAAACUCGUCGUAUACACAGACUAACACAAAUUAUUUCUUAACUCCACACGUAUCGGGUCUCAUUUAAGAGGAUUCCAGUGUACGUGUACGUGAGAAUGCUAUAAAGACGAUAAUAAGAAAGAGUCCUUGCAAAUUACCCACCAGCUGAUAAGAAUUAGAAUCGAUUGCUGGAACAACGGCUUUAUUCGCUUGGCGUUUCGGAUUCUCACUUAAACCCAUCAUCAGAUACAGUGACAGAAACGGGGGACUCGUGUACAGGAAGUUACAGUAUUUAUAGGACGCAGUCGCUAUGCUACCGCAUACCUAUAGCAAUUAAUCGCGCUCCCCUUCAUCAAGAAUUGCUGCCCACUGGUGUGCUAAUUGCUUGAUGGUCGGCACUAAGUUGUUAAUUGCUGAAAUCUCUUCAUCCGUGUUGGAUGCUGGCGUGAGAAUUGCUCGGCCAUCUGGCUCACCGGCUUGCGCGCUCCACGAGGAGUCAGUUAUUUGGCCAGCUUAUGUCUCAGCACGGAAUAUGGAGUGGGGAUGUCGUUUCACUUAUUCAUAGACUGAGGUCCCGUGAACCAUGACUCAAGCAACUCGCGGCUCAUGCGAUUAUUCCUUCUCGCAAGAAUUUCAACCUCAUCGAACUUGGAUGUGUGACCGGGUCUCGUCGAAUGGGCCGUGACCUGAGAGUUGGCGCAAUCUCUUUGCACUUCAACCGCGUUGGCGUCAUUUCUCCUCAUCUCUGCCGCUGCUGAGCCUGCUCUUUUUUCCAGGCUUCAGAUGUCCGGACUCCUCUCCGCCCGCUUCGCCAUCAGUAUUCUCCAAAGGCAACUGAGGUUAAAGUGGCUUAGUUUUCUUGUUUGGCCUUCGCACACAGUCCACGUCUCCAACCCGUCCAGAAACGUAGUCAGGACAUUUUCGUAUUAAGAAGAGCGACACGUCGAUUCCAGUCUAAGUGCUGCAGCCUUCUGAAGGCCUGACCGGCUCAGGAGAUCUGAUUGACAAUUUCGCCAUCAAUCAUUAUGUUUUUGGGAUUACACACCUGCAGUACGCCAAUUUGUUCACAGAUGUUAAACAGUUCAAUUGACACUCACCUUGUGUUCAUUGUCUAAAUGACUUAAAGGCGGUUGGUAUACAACAACUGUCUUCUCCAUAUUAAUGAUCAGCUUGCAGUCUGAGCAAUUGGAACCGAAGUGAUCCACGCUCUGCGCCCACUUCCACUACGACAUCAGGCACGCAGUGGACACCCAUCCUGGAUACUAUCGUUUUUGUCUGAAUACCUUAGAUGUUCAGCGCCUGCCCGUCGGUCCACCUGUUGCUCGUUAUUCCAGACUUAUAUCGGCAUGUGCGGAGAAAAUUAGCCCGAUGUGAGGAACGAGCAAGCAGCCGCGCUGUGCCCCACUUAUCCACCGAAAAUUUUGCUGACGCCGACCCAUUGUUCGUGACGCGUAUCUGAUCAUCCACGCGAAUACCUUCUGACAUUAGAGUUUCAGCAUGAUUUUCCGGAGUUCAUCCUAGUUUAUGCUGUCAAAAGUUUCUGUUAGAACAACAAAGAUGAUGCGGAAGCUGGCAUUCAUGUCUUGAUGGGUCAUCAAAAUCCUGUUUACAGUUUUCAUGUGUCUUCAAAAGCUGCAUUGUAGUCCAGGAAGGCCUUCCUGCUCCAGGUGUGUGUUCAGGCAAUUGGAUAGCAGAAUAAAUGUGUAUAGGCGUCUGCUAUGCCAGGAUCAGCAACCCAAGGCCCUCACAGCCUGGUAUGCGCCGAAAGUUCUUUGGCACCUGGUUCCCUACCGGUAGGUGCGCUGGCGCUCCCGCUGUGCAUCCAGGUCGUGAACAUGGCUGCUCAGUCAUCCUUGUCUUUCUAACCCGUUGUGGUGUUGCUGUUGUUGGCAAAAAUUCCGGUAUUGUUUGUUGUAGACCAGGGGGUGUGUAGUGGAGCGUCAAGGUGCGGACUCGGCCGUGCUAUCCGCAAGCGCCCUACCCCGCCUCCGGUCCUAUUGACUCUGUCUUGACACCGGACUAGAGCAUGGGAGGAGGAGAAGGUGCGGUAGAUGCUGCGCAAGUCUACUAACUCUAUAAACUAAUUCACGCACAAGCCGCUGUGUCUGCUCUCACGUUGCUGUGGAGCACAUGGUGGACACAACGGCUGAACUGUCGGAUAGCGGGCAGGAAAAUAUCCUCGCAUCAAUGCACCUAUGAAUUCUUGUGGUAUUUGUUCUUGUUAUCACACCUUCUAGGACGGUAAAGUCGGCCUGUCCACAAGUUAGGGGACAGGGCAUUGGCAGAUUUCCGCUGGAAGUGGGUCGACGUACGGAGAUUUCCCUACGGACAUCUAUCUGUCGCAUUGCUGAUUGUCUCCGGCGUGGAGCGUUUGGAGUUUACGUCGGUUUUAAGGUGAUGAACCCUGCUCAUGUUUUCCUCGAAAUUUACAGAUAAGCAGUUGAGGACAACACCGAAAUGCUCAGCCUGAUGUUUCACAAUUUGAGAUUUCUCAUACAGUAGACUUGUACCGUCUGAGCUAAGUACGGACGAAGCCCCCCUGGCUUGAGAGCCAUUAAUUGGCUUAGUGUCUACGAAGAAGUUUGUUCAACCCAUCGCCGUGCAUGUAUCUCCGAACGUUCUUCGACAUGUGAGUCAGUGGACCACGUUGUAGCUCGCUCAAACUCUCCUGAACUUGGCUCCGGGAUUGGAAUGCUGCGGCUAUUGAUUUGAACCUCUCACCGUUGAUAAAGCUUCUCGACUUUCAAAUCUCGAGAAAAAAUUAUCAUUGGUGAAUUCGAGAGCUUUUUUCCUUCAGUACCGUGUAACGCCAUGCAUCUUAAUUCAUCAUUCGUUCAAAAAUACUCAUGGAAUUACCUUUGAUGUAAGUCUUGGAUAGUCGCGAAAAGAAUUUACAGUCGUACAAUCAGAAGUAGACCGUCACCAAACCUCAUUCGUCAUCCUCCCUCGUCUACCAGUCGCUCCAGUGACAUUGGCACCAACCUGCACAUUUUGGAUAUGGCAGCAUUGUACGCCAACAGAAAAUACCAGUAUCUGUUCCCUAUUAAUUGUUGCAAUUAAUAUAUCGUGAUUAGUUCUUAUAUCAGAAAAUAUUGUCCCUCUGGAUCAAAAGUUGAAUCGCAGUCAUCGUAGCCGCGAACACUAUUUUAGGCCAUCUAGAGCAGAGGAGUGUAUACAGGUUUUAAUUUGAGUCAAAUCUUCGACAGUUGCUGCAAAGUCGCCCUCUCACUGUCCUUAUUUCUAGGCAGUUAGUAAAAUUUCACCGGAUGCUCUGCUUAGUAAACCUUACUAGUGAGAAGACGGUAAGAGAUGAUGUUAAGCCGUCUCUUAAAAAUACGGUCUAACUCCCACUCUGACCAAGAACUGAAGCCACUUAGCCACUUCUGGUAAAAAUAAAAUACAUUGCUUACCUGAAAGGCUAUGCUUUGAAGCUACGGCGCAAGCUGGAUUUCAUUUUUGCAUACGUCUCUGCGUCUGUUGCGAGGUCGCAAGAGCUGCGCUAUCACCCACGUAGGUCCGAGCGUCUGUCUUCAACUCCCCCUCCACAAAACGCCCAUAGCACUGUUUUUCAGGCCCAGCCUACUAAUGUUCCCAGAAAAAGUCUUAGUAUCCUCGGAGAAAGGCCUUUCUGAUAAUUAUCAAAAACCCACGCUCGAAUGGAAUUCUACAAUCCAAAUGACUUUUUCCCACAUAUGGGAUGUAUCAUCAAGGGGUUUUUCAGACCAGCGUUACUUGUCUACGAGGCCGCUUGUCAACGCUGUACUGAGGAUAAUUUGCAAAGAAGAAUUUCUACAUGUGAGACUGGACUGUCAUCCCCCCUCUGUUGUUUUUUCAUUGCUUCUUUCCUCUCCCUGGACAUGUUGUUACGCGCCCUACAUAGGAAUUAAUUUUUGACAUAAUAGAUUUCCUAUCGUUCUGGGCAGAGACGAUGGACUCCGAUAGGCUUAGAGUCGCAGUAGUUAAACCACUUUCAAUGGCUUAUACAGUUCGAAACGCAGCAGAGUUGCCCAACUGCUUGAACCCCACUUUCCGGAAGCCACCUAGUUCUUAAGUGCUGCUAUCUGUCGACACUCCGCUUUAUCCGACUGCAUUAACAGAGAUGUUAUGGUAUUGCGGCCUUAAAUCUGCAAAGUUCAUGUCUGACACUUGUUUAUAUUUAGCUGUAUACUUAAGACCGUUGCCUGUUAGAACGCGCCUCUAGCACUAGCGCCUGACUUUUCAGCCCGACUGAGUACCCGCUGCUAACGCGCCCUCUCUGCUUUCCCACUCACCUUUCCAAGAAAGUAACUAGAACCGCGGUUGGAUCAGCUCCAAAACACUAAGGAUUGCUUGACCUGUCUUACUCUAGGCCACUCGGUCUGUGCAGGGGAAGGCCUGUUGAUGCUUCCUCUAACUACAGUGCUAUCGCGUAUGACCGACGAAUUAGACCUUAGUCUCGUCGGAUCACAGCAUCUUUUCCGAUAAGUAAAGUGUCCUUGUGCCUAGGCUUGGGAGAUCUUCCUGCACUGAGUGGCCAACAGAGGAUUUCCUCCCCUCCCAGUUCCUCGUGAAAACCACACACGAUCGAAGUUUUUUAAAGUAAACGCGCCGACUGCAAUUACACUCUAAACACUGAAUUAAUAUCGAUGACUGUUGAUUGCUUGUUUGUCGUUACACCCUGACGCCCUUCUCGCUUUAAAUUUAGGAAAUUUCCGCCGAAAUUCUGCAUGUUCUGUUUCUUGCUUUUUAUCCGUAACUCUCUUUGUUUUUCCCCAGACCUGCUAGAUAAGUUCACAGUUUGCGACCAUUCCCCGUUUAAUGCUUAACGAUGUUCAUCCUCAGCAAACGUAACGAUACUUCUGACAUUCAGACCCCACAAGGUAGAAAACACGAUCGCGCUUACUUGUAAUACUAUCUGGUUUAUGAAAGUUUAAAGUAGAUACAAGUCAUUAUUCGGGCAAUUUUGGCCUGUUUACCUAUUCUUCUGAUACUUUGACAAGAAGUACAGAGUCAAAGUCAAAGAGAACCAAUGUGCCCACAUUGGCCGCCAGUGAACGUUUGGUCCUGUUUUUGAGGGUCUCCUAAUAGAAGGUGAUUUGACCAAAGAUUUAUUAUAACAGCUCAUAAUGACGUUGACUCCUUUUGACGGAAACCGUUUGAUUUUCCUACUCCGAGUACUUCGUAAUUGAUAAGAAGGAACCCUUUCGAUGAGUCAUUUUAUGAUGCUUGCUCAGGCCAGGCGAAAGGUAUGAUUUACUUUCUUACUGAAGAGAACAACAUUCUUCCCUAGGAGACAAGGAACUUCCGCCCUAUUUAAUUGACUGUCUUUCCUGCGCGCUACACCAGAACUGCAUAUAUUUUAGUUAUGUUUUACCUGUAAGUAAUUUACUCCCACUCCCUCAGUUACCUCCUCUCUCGCCCUUUCACCCUCUCUUCCUCCUCCGCGUACUCCCUCCUUAAAUGCCAAAUUGAUACCGGAGUGCGCGUUUCAAGCUGGAAGCGCUCAUUAAGGGGAGCUUUCUAAGAAAAUUGCAGAGACAUUUCCCUGUUUUCUUUUCCUGCUGACCAUGUAUUUAAACACUAAUUGAAAUUAACAAGCGCUUCCCUUAUAUAGGCUCUCCUUCUCCCUGUGCCUGCGUGUAUAUUCUUCGGCGUGUAUGAGGCUGUGUGUGUAUGUUGAUAAACGCCUGUUUUGUGAUCCAUGUUGUAGAGCUGAUGGAGUUACUCUGUUCAUCGUCAUCUGGUUGCCUUUUAGGCGAGGAGAGGCUGAACGAUGCGGUGGCAGGAGGACCGACCCAUACCGCUCGCGAGACAGAAGGAGCUGACAUGGUGAUCCGAAAAUCCGGUUUACAGCUGUGGCAACUGCAGGAAGCAGAGGUGAGUGCUGCUUGGUCUUCGCCGACAUCCGGCCUGCGCAGCUGUCGUGUGCCAUUUCAAGUGCUACGACAAACAGUAGGAUAAAGAAAAGUAUUCUUUUUUUGAAGGACAGCUCGCAAGUCAACAGGAAAGGUAGGAAGUCGAAUAGGACCCCUUAACAUCCCCGGCGGUCUCCGAUGCUACUGACGCCCCCGGGUCAUUCUGUGUGCCAGGAAAAUACUUUUUAUGAGCCUUAAAUUCUUUAUUGUACGUUGCCGGAGUAUAGAUGACUAAGAACCGGAUUUAAACUUUGACUAUUUUUUAUGCCGAAUGCUACCUACGUGACAUCCCGCACCACAAAAACAUGUUUUAAUUAGAUCAGAGAGUUUCCGGCAGCGGCUUAAAAUGGUCCUUUUCUGCUUAAGUGGUCACUUGCCGGCCCCCGUAAAGUUUCCUUUGCUAUAAAUGAUUUACUUGGGCGAUCGUCGGCAUUCUGGGAGGACUGCUCUUUAUUCUGGCAGUUAGAAAACUUUUCAGCUGUGUAUUUUUUGUAUUCCACGCUACUUUACGUUUUCGUUGCGGAGAACAUCCAUCACUUUCAACAGAUUUGUGAAUAUGAGUUCCAUAAACAGCAAGGUUUCAAAACUUUCCGGUGUUACUCAUAAUCUUUAAUGUGGCAAAAAGCAGUGUUGUAUCACUUUAGUAGAAAAGCAGGUCGUUUUGAACACAGGCAAUUAACUGGGCCUAACAUAGGUUUUAACGGUGCCUUAAAACUUGUAUUUUGUAUAGUCAAAAAGACUGACUUCUCAUUAUCUUUGAGUUGUACAAAUAAUGGUGCCAUCAGUUCCUCUUUCACAACUUUCCUAUGCCGUUGCAAAGAACUAACCUGUAACUCAGCGCUCACAAGACUAAAUCAGAAUACCUAAGAAUUUUUGCAUGGAUGUAUUCCAAUUAUAGAUUUUGUAAACCCAAAAUGCUGUGAAAUUGGAGGACCGCACUUUAAAAAUAAGAUGAUUUCAGUAGGCGUCUAAAGUUGACAGUAAUAAUUUACCACACAGCGGCGACUUAUACUUGGGUAAAAUCAGUCUGAAUGGAAAAGAAACAUGCCAGUGGACAAACCGAACGAUAUAUUUCAGAGAUGUUGGUUUUUUCAGGCAUUGAGCAGAGAGAUUUCACAAAAACGGGUAAUCACCCCUCUGGAGGAUUUACCCGGGCCUAGGGCGAGGAAGUGUUCUUCGAUUACUUUAUCAAGGGACGCGUGACGCGUGGAUAGAUAUUUCAAGAAACUGGGUCCUUAUGUGAAAUAACGCAGACUGACAUACAGCCAUUUCCAAAAUACUUAUAAUACGCCUUAUAAACUGCCUGGUUGACCCUCACUACGACAGUCCGACCGUCGUGACCAAGGAUGGCCAGCAUGUGUUCUACAGCUGGCUGAGAUCAGGCACGGUAACUUGUGCGUCAUUUCUUUUAUAAUGAUAGAGGUGCUGCGCAGUAUCUACCGCGCUCUCUCCUCCACCGCCUGGACCCGGUGUCAUGGCAUAGUCAGGAAGACUAGAGUCGGGAGAGGACACAGGUGGUUGGCACAGCCGGCGUACCACCCCACGCCCAGGUCCACAACAAACACUUGAACAGGAUUUUAACCAACAACAAAAAUGGGAGAGAGGGGCGGGCGGACGGACGAUAGGGAUCUCAGUUGGCACGACGUGAUUCGGCAGCUAGGCCUGCCACCACACCCAGAAUGCUGGCAUUUGUUGUGGUGUGCAUUCCCGAUAACGCCUGCCAGAAUCCGAUCUAGCUCCCGUACUGGUCCAGCGCAAUAACCGCACUAAUGCGCUGGUUUUCUAUGAGGACCUGGCGGCACAGAAGACUGCUUUUCAGCAAUCUUCCCCUCGUUAUUUGUCGGAUACCAAAUUCAUCUUUAGAUUCCAUUGCUAAUUGUCUGCAGCUGAACAAGUUAUCAGAUGGCGGGUGUUAUCUCAUGUAAAGCAGGGGAUCUAGCUUCUAAAUUUGCUGUAAUUCUGUCGCUUACUAGGGGUAUAAAAGCGCUGUGACGCCAUGUGCCUUUCGUCCACUGAUCAGGACCACCUGCAUUCAAUUUUAAACCGUUUUUAAAUAGAAUACAAUGAUACUGAGGAACACUUCCUUCAAAACCAGGCCAAACCUAAUGAUCCAAACUUGGAUUGAAAAAUUUAUUCAGUUGCCUUGCCUUAGUGUUGCCGAAAGAUAUGCGGACUUCCGGAGGGAGUUAGGUACUUUGGGCGACUGCCUCCAGGCAUAAAAGAGAGAUUUUAUUAAAGCGGUUUGAUUUCUGCAAAGUCUGAUCCUUUAAAGCGACCGUACGACAAACUGUGAAUCCAAGUAUUUCGGGUUCAGUUUAUAGUUUUCUAGCCGUCGUUUAGUUGGUCCACCAAAGGCAACAUACUAGUGACGUUUUACCCUUAAUUUACCGUUUGUUCUGUUGUGAAAUAUUUCUUAACAGCCCUAAGUCGCGGACGUGGUAACGUUCCGAGUCCUACAAUGAUGUCUGGUUAACACUGUGUCCCCCCAAAAAUAAUAACUAUAUACUGCCUACUGAAUAAAUGAAAGUAUAUGUAAAUGACUAAUAUAUAUUUGAGACGAAUCGCUGACCGCGGGAAACAUCAAGCACCAGUUCUGCUUUUAUUUACUGUAUCGAUCGACUGUAACAAACCCCGGGACAGAGUGACCGCGUACUUAAACCUACGUCCAAGGAACAGGGAAUUUAAAACUCGGUCUGCCGAUCGGUGGGUUCACACCCUGUCUGCUUCAGUCGGAAAUAUUUUAAUACAGAUUUGCGUGGCAUUCACGGAGACUAAUUAAUUCGGCAUCUUUCCACCUUGUCAAUAAUGUUUCCCGAGCCCUACUUACAAGUCGUUAUGCAACUUUCUGUGGGUGACGCCUGGACACUCCCACGUGCCCAAUGAUGCAGUCCUGCCUAGGCUGGCAGGCAAUUCAUCUCAAUAACCCUCCGAGUUUGUUAUUCCACGUAUGUGACUUAGUUGCGGAUUGCUGAUAUAAACAACCCUCUGACGUCUUUGCGGACAGUCUCGUUUGCUGCUCACUGCACGACCUCUGCAGAUCAUAUUAUCAGAGAGGGUGACCUAAUUCACAACAGGCAGCUAGUCAGAUGAUCGCAUCAGUGGCAGGGGCCUGCCGACCUCCUGUUCUGUGAAAGAGACAAUCAUUUUCAGGACCACGUCUUCCUUUACGAUACUCACUAUUGUUCAAGAACGAUCGUGCUCUCUUGGAACUCGUAGUGACGCCGCGAAAUCUAAUUGUGUAGUACUGACACUCCUGUGCUUAGAAAAUCUAAUAAGUAGUUCCAUAGAGCAAUCUUUUCUACUAUAUUUUCGAAAUUGUAGCUCUUGUUUGCAGCCUCAACCUGAUAGGGCGAGUUGGAAUCGAAAAGGCUUCAGACCAGCCAAACACUUUCAUGGCUGAGAGCCUUGGGAUGGUUGGUUCGGGUUGAAAUUACUCGCCAAAUUUACUGUGACAUAUGGAAUUCUCCAGUUCUAACACAAUACGCCCAUUGGUCAGAAGUCAGUUUAUAAUUCCCGAGACGAUUAUCAGGCCCACUUUUAACAUGCAACUUUCCCAAAGUUAGAUGACGUUGACAAAGUAGCCAUCCUUUUCACCAUGUUAUUACCCGUCGUCCAUUUCAUUUGAGAACCAAAGGCUACCUAAACUGAUGCACCAGGAGUUCUGGUUUGGACUCUUCCAAAGCGGGUAUUCAGAUUUCUGACCCCGAACCAAAUUUUUAAUGGGAGCGGCAUGUCGUCCGCAUUUCUAAAUUAAAUAGUUGGUGUUGUCUUGAAUGGUAAACGCGAAGUCUACUGAGGAAAAUUCUACUAGGCAAUUACCUGACUGACUUCAAAAUUUCCAAGUGUUUUGUAUGUAGAGAUAUGAGCUUGUGAAACUGUAAAUUAGAGAUUAUUUAUCAAAAAGGCUUAUCUAAUAGGCAUUCUCGACCCCUAGCCUGGAGAAAUAAAUUCCACUGAUUCUUAAUAAGAGCAACCCAUUCAGACUAUGCGCAAUUAUAUUUCAAAAACCAUUGAGGUCAUUUUCCUCAAAAAAUCAAGCCUACGCGUUUUUGUGAGAAAAGACCUACAACGUGCGUAGCACAAAAUUAUCAAAUAGGAAACAACAGUGGGCACCAAUCUUAGUGCAAAGAAAUAAAGAAAUAGAAUUUUUCAGUUUGAACGUGGUCGAUAAAAUGGCACUUCUUAGGUAAAGUCCAAUUCUCUAUCUGCCUAUAGUCAAUGGCCUAGCUGAUGAAGUGUUAAUCAGAAUUCUGAAAUACGGUUUUAUCGGAGAGGAUUAUUGGGGUAAAGUUUUAAUAUCAAUCACCCUGCAGCGUAAACAGAAGAUGCUUAUGCCAGGCCAUGAUGUCGGUUUUCGAACAAAUUCCACUUCGAUAGCCUCCAAAAACUGUAAUUGACACUUAAGUAACAUUGCUAUUCUAUUUAUAUUUUGCGGAAAAUAUUUUCUGUUAUACUAAUUGGCAGCAGAUCAUGUCCUUUUCAAAUGCUAUAUCUAGUUAAGAACAUGCUUUUUAAUUCGCGAACAAUUUUGGACCCAGCCUGUCCCUGUAUUUGCGCCUAGGGAUCUCAAACUAUAAACAUUCUUCCAUGCUAUUGAGAAUGUACCAUGCAGGGUUCAUAAAAUCUGGAGAAACAUAUGGACCAUGUUGUAUAUUUCAGAAAGCUCAUUUGUAAACAGAUGAAGGCAAUGGUAUUUGAGCGACAUGUCAAGGUUCUCAAAAAUCAGGUUACAAACUUUUAACCCGAAAGCUUACCUUUAUCCGAGUAAUCGACUCGAAGAAGUCGUGAUUUCCUGCCAAGUAGGUGCAAAACAUAUUUCUUGCAUGUUUUCAAUAAGACAUAGGUAAAUUUUUGAGGGUAUCGAAAAUCAGUAGGGGAAAAUCAUACUGAUCAAAUAGAUACUUGGUAGGGGGUGUGACGUCGCAUGAAGACGGAAAGAAGCGCAUUCAAAAGCCGACAUCAUGGCGUGAGCGAAAUAUUGCGGGAUUUGGUGCGCGAAAAUCGAUAUUACAGCCUAACGUAACUAACCCCUGCAAAUCAAAAACAAGUCUCAGAAUUUCCGUUGAUACUGCGUCAGAUGCGCCACGUGUGCACCACUGUACAUAUGUUAAAUUGCUUUUGGAGUCGGUUUUACGGAUAUAGCCAUUUUCAUCCAAACAGCCACACUUUCGAGAAUCAAAGUUCCCUUUUGAAGCUUCACAUUCUUUAUAGCGCAAAACUGCCGUAACACCGAAUAAAGUCUCAGAAUUUUUCCAUCAUCGAAACAGUCAAGAUAUUUUACUGGCAAAGACAAGAGCGCUAGAAUUGCCCUUUCGAACUUAUUUGUCAUGUCAUAUGCAAAUUUUUAACAUUCAGUCCAGGCAUUGGUACUACUGGCCGGUGAUCACUGAGGUGGCCAGUCCAUUGUCAUCAAAUGUUUCUCAUUUAUUGGUUGCUAGUCAACGUGUAACAGCCUGCGUGGGUUUUAGCUCCUCGGGCUCAGGACAAGGCUCAAAUGCUCAUUCACAGCCUAAGAUCAACUAGCUCGAUGCAGGCCAUUUUCAUGUGAAGCAUAAAUGAGUGAAGCGAUAAAGGGUAAAAUGCCCCAGGUUGACCUUAUUUAUGAGAAAAACAGUAACCGUUCGAGCUCUUAUAUCGUUUGUAGUAUUUCGGAAUAAAGGGGCUCUUAGGUUUUAACACCGGUAGCAAGCUCCAAGUCUUAUCUCCUGAAGCAUAUCAAUCUAACAUCACUAAGUAGUAGCGAGCAAAUAUAUAUAGUUAUUGCCGGGGUGUCUUGAAUAAAGAGCAGUUUAAAGGGUGAAAACACUCAUUUCGUAAGGCGGAGAUCAAGAUAUUAUUAAAGCCUUAGAAAACUUCUUUUUUCACUAGGUCAAUUUAUUCAAAUAGGCUCAUUAACUAUACCCCAAAUAUAUGAAACCUCCUCGAACCGAUGGUUUGCCUUCUCUUAUUUUCGGUGGUGGGGUAGUCACGAACAAACCUUCGAAUAUGUCUCAAGAGGUGGGAGAACACUGGGCCUUGUCAGAUUGAUAAGUUAAAAACAUGAAUAUGAAGUUACUCCCCACUUCUGGGUAUUCCGGAGGGGGUCGAGGAGCACAUGUCUGGUUGAGGGGAUUUAGAAGUUUUAAAACUGACAAUUUUAAGUGGUGCUUUGUACUGCAAUUGUGACCAAAUUUUCCCUUAGGAAAGGACAUAAUAAAGAACGCCGGAAUACGGAAAUUGAAUCGCAACCAUGUUGCUGUCUAAAAAUUCUAGUCAAAUAAUUUUAAUUUCCUGCUUGUGGCUUGUAACACGCCCAGUUUAAGAAUAGAAAUGAUAGGACAUUACCACCAGCACGAACACGACCAAUCCAAGACUGUCUAAAUCCUCUAAAUCAAGAUAUCUGAAAAGACAUGGGCAUCCUAGGUGGGUUGGACCCGUUGUCUUGUUGUUUUGAAUGGUCUCCUAAUUAAACGAAGGACCGACAGGACGCAGGCAUGCCAGAACCACCCUUGCUGAUAGCUUUUCGUUUCUUCAAUAUCUUGAACUGCCCUGGAAUUUACUUCCUUUUACUAGAGUUUGUGCAAAAAUAUCAGCAGAGAUAAGCCUCUCCAGGCGAAAGCGAAUAAACGCAGAAUGCUUAUCAUAUAGUCAAUCUUAGUACUGAUUAAAAGUGGGGGAAUUGGACACAAAGUUCGCAACAGGGAUUUCACCCAUAGGUGGGAUUCUACGUGGCGCUUUUGAGCUUCGUUGCUAUUCCUAGUCUCUUUUGAGCUGUUAGUUGGUGUGCUCACAAAAUGAGACGGUUUGCUUAUUUCAGCAAAAUCAUCUACUUUUGAUCACGUCGGAUCUAGAAGAAAAAAACUAGAGGAUAGGUAAAGUUCGCGGUGGCUUGACAAAUAAUCUCAGACUGUCAGAGCCCAAAGUUCGAUAUCCAGUGGCAGGUAGGAGUAUUCCUCGAACUCCUUGGUUUUUUCGAUUGAAAUUGCUCGAAAAAGGGUUGCGUUCCAAGUCGAAAACAAAUCAAGAGUAGCUGUUCUCACCGGCACUGAAAAGAGAUUGGUUAGCGUGGAGAUACUUGGCAAAACAACGCUGAGUAAGCGUACAUUUAAAAAGAAGGUUUUAUUGACGUCGAGAAAUGCGCCACGGCUUCUUAACUGCCCCUUGUCACCCCAGCCACGAAUCACGAAUGGAAAAAAACAGUAGAUAUUUAAAUUAUUCCUGACGGCUGAAACAAAAAACAACCAUGUAUUAAUUAAAAACGUAUGGUAUGUGCAAUCAUUAGUACAAGCGUAAGGAAAAAUCGGGGAUUAGUGUUUGCCUGAUGCAUAACAAAAUGCUGGGAGCUCGAGAGUUUUCAAUUAACACAGCAAAGCCAAAUGUUUAGCCAUUUGUACAAUUAUUAUUUAACGCUCCGAGAGUGUUCUAGCGUUUUGAGGUUCAUAAAGGAGUAUCCUUAAGUUCGGCAGAAUAACAACUAUCUAAAGAAUAUUCUAUAGUUGAAUAAAGGAGAUUAUGUGUUUGCACAUGAGGCGCCGUUUCUGUAUUUGUCCAACUAGCCUGACCACAGGCGUUUUCUGCAUAUAUUCGGUAUAUUCCCAUUCCCAGAUAAGCGGGAAUUUGGCAGACAAAAUUUUAGGUGUUGUCCAUAUGUCCUUUUCGUGGUAUAAUGCAGUCGUCGCUUGAUUAUUCUAUAAGACCGUCACUUUUGUUCAGUAACAAUACCAUAAUCGAUUUUAUUUAAACUGACUGAUUCAUCAGUGGCGAAAAGCAAGAGCGGUCAGGCAUCGGAACAGAUUGUUUAUUGUUCUGAGCCUUUGAACGCUUGCAGGAGUUCGUCAGAGAAAGUAGCAGCAACAGAACAAGGGCCAGUUAUAUGGUGUGUAAAGCAAUCAUUGACCAACGACGCAAGACUGGAGGUGACCGCACAGGUAUCUGUACGCCGACGCCAGAUCGAUAAAUCGGUUGACUGAGUUCUCAUCCGAGGCUUCAAUUAAUUCUCGACUCGUUUUGUUGCCGGCGUGGGCGAGUAUUUCGGUGGCUGCGAAGUUAGACAUAUGACCCGUUUCGUAGGUGCGGUCGGCCACUUGUGAUACUGCGUCGCCUCAUCGCACAGCCAGCUUAUAUUCGUGUAUGCGCGAUCCGAGGUUGCGUCCAGUCUGGCCUGUGUAGUAACAAGGACAGUUUUGACACGAGAGUUUAUACAUUACUCUACAGUGAUCUUUAAUUUUUAAUCGGUUUUUAAUUUGGUGUUUGCGUAAGUGAAGUACUCGAAAUUUUGCCCUCAUUCGUGAUUCAUCAGUCUCUUGUGAAGGAUUGUUUUACUAACGCAGGAAGUCUUCUGAAAAACGACCGUAAAUUGAUAUUAAUUUCAGAUAACCACUGUCAUUCUAUAGUUGUUCCUAAAAUAAGCCUUCUCAGCUUUUUGAGAAACGCAUAGGAAAGACCAUAUUUGCACUAUGCUAGCCUUUCCAGAUGUUCAAAUGGGAUAGUGAACUCUCAUAACAUAAGGGCAGCAAAGAAUGCUAGUUUUAUCUCAUAUGCCCUUUCCACAAAGAAUAUUAUCAGCUGCACAUGCCAUCUUCUGUUCAUUCAGAUCGUCACGACAGCUUCUAGAUCGCAUGUCAGGGUUCAGCUUUGAUGACUAACUUUCUCCUAAUUAGGCCCUACCCCCGUUCAAAAAGACAGCUUCAAGCGGAAUCCAUAUCAGCGUGUUCGUCGAAAAAAGGUUACACCCGACCUGCGGAAAAAAAGGAAACAGAUCGCAAUGAAUUUCGUGUUUAUUUAAUCGAAACGACAGCGAAUAGUCACGACACCGAGCCCUAUUCUUAUACGAACACCAUCACACUUUAAACAAAGCCCUUGAAGGCCAAAACUGGAUGGUCUCCCCAUUCCCUUUUCAAGGUUUUUGCUUUGAAGUUUUCGCGCACUUAAGGAAGUCUAACACCUGCUGGAGCUUUUACAAAGUGUGCAAUUUUCUCAGGAUUUUGUGUGGAAAAUUGCGACUUGUAAAGCCGAUGAACUAUUGUAACUUUUAGUCAUCUGUAGUGAAAGCAGUGACUCCUGUGAUCAUUUACAAUGCUGAUCGAUAGGUCAUUCAGUGCCAUCGAUGUGGGCCAUCAUUGCCCUAGCUAGGCGGUAGGGCUAACUUGCACGAAUGUCUUAGUGCUGAAGCAAACUGGCGUUGCGGACGCCUCGCUUUCCCCCAUCUCCCACCCAGUUCCGAUGGCGAAGCGAAAUCCGGACGAACGCAGAGGGAGGGGGGGAUACAGUGAUUGACGAAGUGGCACCUGCAGGCGUGAAACACGGCUGGCUCUUAAGUGUCUCGAGAAUAAUAAUAUGGUCGAAAGUGUCGUAAAGGUCACAUUAUGAGGAGGUCAUAGCAGCCUGGGUCUCGUUCCGGGGGAGGACCUAGUUAUGGUCCGUGAUCGAUCUCAUGAAAUGUCGGCCGAAAUGCCGAAAAGAGCUUUCGAUUAGAAAUUAUUAUCUAGAGAGUUUGCAAUGUUAAUUCUCUUGCGACAUAGUCCCGUGUUACUUCAGACACGCUUGCAUGCUGGCUUCUGGAUGCACUUCUUUUCGACCGAUUCUAUAAAGCGCACUUGGUAAAAAAUGACUACCUACGUGGUAUACAUUAUUCGCAUUGAUUUUGGAUGCCCUUAUAAAUUCAAAUUUAUUUUAUAGAAAUUAGGCACAAAAUAUGUUCUCCUUUAUUCACUGGGUAGAAAAUACCGUCUUUACGUCCUACGCCCAAAGAAGGGGUAUAUUCAGGUUUUGUAAAGUUUUCCAAUUUCCGAAUAAUUUUGAGCCAGAUCAGCUGAGGCAUUAAUAAACGUAGAGGUACGAUGCUGUACUAGUGCACAUCACGCGAUCAUUAGGAAAUCUCGUAAAAAGAAUUUUUUAAGACCAGGAAGUAUUUUUUCUUUGAGUACAAAAUGUAAAGAUGACGAGAUUUAUUACCGGUUGGUAAAAGAAAGUAUAUUUCGUGCAUUUUGUUAUAUAAAAUAUACUUGUAUUUAUAAGGGCAUCGAAAAUCAAUAUGACAAAUGCAAACUACUUGAGCAGCCAUAGUUUACCUAGUGAAGGGAGGGCGAAAGCAAGCGCAUUCAAAGCCAUCAUCCUGGCAAUCCCGAAAUAUCAUGGGAUUAUGCCGCAUGAUAAUCAAUAUUGCAACUCCACCUAAGUAAUCCUUUCUAAUCGGAAAUGCAUUUCAAAAUGUUGACCAAAAUUUCAUGAGAUUGGUCAUUGCCUGUAUCGUGUUGAACGAAAGUCUUCAAAGCCACGACUUUUAAUGCCUAUUGGCAGAUACCAACGCGUCACACUUAUUUUGGUAAUGAAUGCGCUGAAUUACCAUAAGGAGUGAUAUCACUGUAUCGACUUCAUUCUUCCAAUUCCCACACACGUGCAGAAGUGACCUGUCCGAGCUUCUCGGUCGGCUGGUGACAAGUCUGGGCACGGCGGCUGCUGUGGUGUACAGACUCCGCCUAUCGUGCGUCCGGUGUGCACAUGCCCACGGUUGAUAUUUCGCUCGUCACGGUUGACGUUGGCAGACUUAAAUGUAAGAAUACUGCGUCAAUGGCGGGGUGUAUUACUGUGGGAAUAUGACUGGGAAGGUCCAUUCGGCGAUUGCGUAUGUGAGUUUAAUGUGGUCAUGAAUGACGGGUAACAUUUUCGGGAUAUUCGUUAGGCACGCGCACACGACCAAAGAGACCCAUGUGUUGACUAAACCUGUGGCCACAGUUGGAGCGGAAAAAGAGGCAGUGACGGGUGUUGGUCGGGUCACUUGGCACGGGUUCUGCCGUCAAGCUGCGAUGCAUUUGCAUGUGUCCGGCCUGGUCAAUGCGGAAGUGAAAUAUGCGAUCACAGCGUGAACAAACCGUUAUUGAUUUGUCGGCUUUUCAAACUCUUCAGGACUUGAUCGCUACUUUGGAGUAAAUCAGUUGAGACGAAGUUUUAUAGAGAUCGUACAAAAGUCGGUAUGAAGAUCUGAACUGAAAUCCACCAGCUCCAGCACUUAAUUUCUGAAGAGAUCGAAAAGCUAAAAUUUCAAAACUGGAGCAUUUACCAGAAAGCAUUCGUGGACGCUGGGGGAGCCACUAAUAAACCGAACCCCUCGCAAAUGUAUCAGGAAGAAGCAGAAUAUCGGCGAAACAUUUCUUGGAUUUUUGCAAGCGGCUGUGCUACAGCAUGUUCUGUUAUUGAGUCUACACUGCUGGGAGUUGCCUUCGGUGAACUGUCCGUGUCUCCACUGUAACGGCACCGAAGGUGUCCGAGCAGGACAGAUCAAGAGGAGGGGAUGAUGUCGGUGUGGAGGCAAAUGAGGCCGUUUCUCGCAAGAUUAUGUUUUGUUAUACGGGGCGGGAGGGUUGGUCGUAAAGAAACUGUGGUGAAUGCUUAAUUGUCCAGAAGGGUUGAGUUGAACCUUGACCUGGCACUGGCAGCGAAGACAUAUAAGCAGAGAUUGGGCGCUACCACCACUGAUUCGCAAGUUCUCCUUUUGUGCUUUUGUCGUUUGCCCUUGGCUUGCUUCAUUCAGUUGGAUUCCGAUGCCGAGUAGUUUGUUGACACAGAUAGGGGAAGCCGAAAUGGCUAUAUCACGGGUGUCUGCCGCUGUCAGGUAGCCAUUCCCCAACUUCUUGCUGGGAAGACCUUGGCCCCGGAUCAAGUACUUUGUCGCUGAGCUACUCCGUCGGCUGCAACUUGGAUACUAGGAAUAUAGAUAGUGCAUAUGAAUCCCCCGUUUUAUAUGUGGCCUUGCGCCAAGUUUCAUGGGGGUUUGGUUAUUGUUGGGGUUAGGGGGUUAGGAUUAUAAGGGUUAGUGCUGAUGUUGUGACACGGGAAAGAGUACCCCCGGAAUUUAGAGCAGUGUAACCUGUGAGUCGUUACUCCCAUGUCAAACCGAAAUGCAAAGUUGCUUUCUGAUAGAGGCGAACAGGCGAGUUCCAGGUAGCAGUUCAGAAGAUGAAGAGUUCGGAGAUAUGUGGAAUUGAUACAUUUUUUUCCAUAUUUGACCGUCUCGAAUCCUAUGAACCGAGUGUCUGGAUUAUGUACUAGGGUUGUGAGCCUUCACGCUGACAGAGGUAAUUUGUAACACCUAGCCCAUGGUAACGUUUGUAUUCUUAUAAAAUCAAAGCGCAAAUUAGUUCAAGUGGUUUUCUGCUUCUGUAAGAGCGAUCUUACCAUUAACACAGUACAUUUCCAAUCGGUGGUGAUCUGGACUUCAUGGCUAUGGCAGUUUGGGAAAUCCUGAUCGAUGCUUUAACAACUUUGAAAAUCGCACCCUAAAAUGAAUAAAAUUCUCUUUCACUUGACUUAGUAGUUAGUCUAGAGCUAUGUGCUUUAGGAAAAUGUUUACUCAUUCGCUAUUUUGAUCUCUUCAUAUUUAGAUAUAUUUCUGUCCGAACUAUCAAAAACUUGUCUUCUUUAAUUUUCAAACCUCGACUUUGAAGUAUUCUUGCAAAUAACUUUCUAAAAGAACAGCACCAGAAAAAGAGUGGCGUAUUCGAAGUCAUUACCAUAUGCGAGACGGAAACAAAGUGUCCUUCCGGUCAUUAAAACUUUUAAUUGGGUGUGUGAAUAUGCCAGUCAGUUGUCGGUCCCUCACACACUGGUCUAGGUUCAGCUUUUCAAACAUUGUUGUUAUGUGUUUAUUACUAAAAAACGCGUUUUAGACACACUGGAGGCUGAAGCGUUGGGAAACCCCUUAUGAAUAUCUCCAAUAAAACGCUACUAACAGUAGAACUUAUAAGUAGUUAAUUAUUUUCGAAAAUUGGGCGACUAUAUGGUGCUCGGCUCUAAUCGGUAACGAUGGCCCUAGCAAGCCCACAUGAAUAACUGAGAAGCGAAAGUCAUUAUUUGACUUCUUUCACUUCCACUGAUUUAUCCGCCCGGAUUUUGCUAUCCACUCUCCUGGUUAUCUGAGAGUUUCGAGUUGCAGGGUAACCUAGGUUCCAGGUUGGAUUUUAUCUUUCGGUGACUCACUGAGAUAUCCAUCCAAAAUGAUGAGCUUGAUCCAGGCCGUUUGCCGAACUUGUCUCCGAGAGAUACUAACGUUUGCAAAUGAUGUCAUAUGAAAGAUCUCUCAUAGUGUUCCAUUUUUAGGCCAGAUAUCUCCCACAUUUAUUUUUAUGUCGACUUUAUUGGUUCCAAAAUUCAUUCCACUUGUGCGUCUAUCCAUAACUGACGAUAAUGCUCACAUUUUAUAAAUUUCAUCCAACGCACACCUCCUUCGUCACAAAGCAAGUUAGAAAAAAUGUCGACAAUCACAUUCUUCGUAUAGCAGCGGAAUUCACUUUCCAUCGGAAAUUUUUCUUUUCUUUGCCCGAACAAAAGGUGGGGCUUUUUUUUCCAUAAACAAAUUGAUCGUUGUCUUUUUUGCUGUUCUUCUGUUUGAUUUUCUGUUAUCGCUCAUUAUGGACACAGGUGAAAUUCUACACGCGUGCUUGUACCGUUUCCACUAAACCUCGUAUUUCCCUCAUGGCCUUUAAUUUUUUUUCCGAGCAAACCUGGAGCACUCGAACGGAAGUUUGCCAUCGGACAUGGAGAGUAAAACUGUGUAUGGUAAGGGAAAAGAGUCGUGUUUAGGAAAGUACGCAAUUUCAACGAACGUUUCGGUUACCGGAAAACCGAAAUUUUAAAAAUCGAUAAAAACCCGCAGUCAGGGCGUGAUGAUCGAAGGCUUCCGAGAAUGUUUCAUACAUGCUUUAUUGUGCUUCGCUUUUGUAAAAUCACGAUUGCGCAGUAUCUUUUCGAUUCAUUUUACUUAAUAAGAUAAUUUGGUACAGCAACCAGUUAACCAGUUAUCAGUAAACGUAGUCACGAUGCAGUCGAGGGUCUUAAUAUGUUUUCCUGAUCAUCGCCAUCAUCUUUUCUUACGGUCUCAUUUAUGUCUGUCCGAGAAAUGUUACCCUUUUCAUCCCCAGUCAUGCUUUUGAACUAAGGGUGGGGGUCAUAAAAGGGCUGUUCAUUAUCAUUGACACGACAAAGACAGCGGAGGUAAGCACCACACAACCCUAAAAAAUAGAGUUUGUUGCAGUGUUAUGCGAGUGGUAAACCGUUUACAUGUCUGUAGCUUGAAUCAGGAUGUCUUGUCUAUCUAUGGUUUAUUUUUAGUAGUUGGAGGCAAGGGGCCAGCCACCAGGUAUUAACAUUAGCACUCAUUGUCACAUCAAAAACUCGUAAGAAUAUUCUAACCUUAGUCUAUUUACACGCACCGACAGCGCGUGACACAUAUUUUGACCUUUUCAUUUCAGUGUUUCGAAGGGUAUUCCACUGAAAAUGAGGGCAUUUCCCCCAGUAAAUUUCAUUUUCCUCAACCGGCAGAAAAUAAGGAUGUAUCAAUGGGUAAGUAUAACCAUGUACACUCAGGUAUACUUUUCUCAUUUAAAAUUCGAUAGGUGGAGUUUUUCUUUCCUAACUGCUGUUCAGACCAUUCUUGCACAGACAAUUACUGCGUAAAGGAUCAUAACCCCGAGGAUCACCCGCAGAAAAAAUAG